GCAGAUCUCGUCAAUUCUUCCACUUUGGUUGUUGAGCAUUCCAUCUGACAGGUAUCGAUCUAAUCGCGGUCGUCCAAUCAGAGCCCAGCAUUUUUGUUCACCGGAUUUCCCCUUUCGGUUUCCAUCAUGAGGACUUCGCCAGUUCUAGCGUUGGUUGUGCUUUCAACUGGUGUUUUUGGCCGUGUUGUGCCGUCGAGCCCUACAGAUGCGGAUAGUACUAGUGGCAACCUCCAUCCACUAUGGAGGGAAGGCCCAUAUAACCAGUCGUUGAGAUAUGAGCCGUAUGGAUCAAACACACCGAUUUCGUCACCGACAUUACCGCCGUCGCCAGAGGAGCCCUGUGAAAGCGAAACGAGCACAUCGACCCCGACACCAACACCAACAACGGAGCCGUGUGAGACGAUCAGUAGCGUUUCCUAUCCUUCCGCGCCAUCAUCGCCGAGUAAUUACACCGCCCCGGCCUUACCGUCCUCGGCUGUCGGAGGUGCAAGUUCGAGCUCCUCAACUCAACACUAUUCGCCGCUUCCACCAACAUCAACUUCGGGUUACGCAUCAGCUCCAUUACCGACGUUCAUCUACUCACCUCUACCGAGCUCGUCGUCUGCAGCAUUCUCUUCAGUAUUGACGCCAGAAUACCCAGGAACACCAAUAGUGGGACCAUCGGGAGUAAUUAUAUUUCCACCACCUGUGCCAACAUCGACCCUUGUCCCAGCGGUAUCUUCAGAGGCCGGCAUAUAUCCGUCAUCAGUGAGCUCUUCACUCCAGGUAUAUCCACCACCACUUCCAGUAUCGACAUCCGGAUUCUCGUCUAUACCUUCGCAACCUUCUGCCUCGGCCAGUACGAUCGCAUCGCCAGUCUCAAGCUCUUCUACGGUGCAGUCUAUUCCUGCUCAGCAAAGCUCAUCAAACUCCUCACCACCGGUUCCAACUUCCUACGGACUCCCUAGUUCAUUGUCACCGCUUCCGAGCAGUGUUGUUGUUCCAGUUCCUCCGCCUGCAAGCUCGGCUAUCACCUCGAUCUCUACGUCAUCUGUUGCGGUGUCAAGCGUCGUCCCCACUUCGUCACCUCCCUCCACUAGCGCAGUUACUCUUCCGGCGUCCUCAUUCUUAUCUUCGGUACCGCCUUUUCAGACUGCGUCGCUAUCGACUGCAUUGACUAGCGCUGUAACUCCACCAGCAUCUUCAGUCGUGUCCACGAUACCACCGGCUCAGACUCCGUUAGCAUCAACUGCAUUGACUACCUCAACUACCUCGACUGGCGUUGUUACAUCACCAGCAUCCUCAGCUGUGUCCAUAGUGUCGCCGAGUCAGACUGCUACGACCUCGGCUGUUCUUCCAUCGCAGCCCACUAGCUCUGGUGUCGUACCCUCAACUUCGCAAGCAACGCCGUCAACACCGACCACAACCGCUAUCCAAUCCAGCUCGAUCUCUGUCCAAGUGUCCAGCACCCUACCUUCCGUCAUCUCAGCAUCACAAGCAUCAACGUCCGAAGUAUCCAGCGUCCACGUUGACAACACCUCUUUGCGAAGUACCCUCAGCACUUCUGCAGCGUCAAGCUCAACCGCGACUCCACGAGGUACUGGUAUACCACCUGCGCCUAGUGCUGGUGCCGCUUCAAGUGGACUGGCUGGGAGGGGCAAGGAGAGGGUGUGGUGGGUUUCUUUCUUUAUUCCUUUGCUCUUGAUGUUAUAAGAUGGGAGAGCACGAUAUAUAAUGGCUUCUUUUACGAUCCUUGUACGGUUAUGAAUUAUCACGGCACUAAUUUAAUGUCUGGCGCCCCGGCGAAGAACAGGUCGAUAUACCUAUGUGGGCAUGAUUUAUUUGGACGGCGUUAUGAUACCGCAUGAUUAGCAUUUUAGAUAUCAGGCGUAGGAAAUACGUUUCCAACUCGAGUACCGUUAUAUAGCCUUGGGCCUCGCACAGCUGCACAGGAUCAUCUUUCUAGAGUAUAUAUUACGUCGUGGAAAUAGCAAAUAAUACAUAUAUGAACAAAGUCGGGCGGCAACAUUGCGCCAGUUCGUUUCUGUGCGGUCCCGAGGUUCUACUGUGAUUUUAGCCGCGUUGCGCCGCUAGACGACAUCUUCGCGGAACUGAAGACCUAGUUUCCGCAAGGGCAAAGAAGUUGACAGGCAAACGGGGCAAACGGAGCAAGUUUCCUGAAGAUCUGGGGUCGAGCUGCGGAGAACGUUGG